CAGACACCAGGCUUGUGCAAUGUUACAGUCCUCCUGUAAAGAACCAAUGACAAACAGAAUUCAGGAAUCUCGGAUGACAUCUCAGUGUAUUAAAAAGCGCUGUAGGGAGCCCUAAACCAGACUGCAAAAAGCAGUUUUCCCUGGGCUACAUUUAGACAAUCCUAUAAGCUUUCUAUUGACAGUUUAUACUUUCCUCUUGGUGCGCAUCAGCUGUUGGGGAAAAAAGCUGUUUGGCUAGUCCAAAUGGAUGCAAUUUUGAACUGCAAUCUGGAUGAUAUGGAAGAUUAUUACAUCUUGCUAGGAUGUGAUGAACUAUCCACGUCUUGGGAAGAGAUGCAUACUUCAAGCACAUACUGUUGAACAAAUUCUUGCAGAGUUUAAGGUUAAAGCCCUUGAGUGUCACCCUGACAAACAUCCUGGAAACCCUAAAGCUGUGGAGAAUUUUCAGAAGCUGCAGCAGGCUAAAGAGAUUCUUACUAACGAAGAAAGUCGAGCUUGUUAUGAUUACUGGCGACGAAGCAAAAUUACCAUUCCAUUCCAGCAGUGGGAGGCUCUGAGCAACUCCAUAAAAACGAUCAUACCCUGGAGUUUUCUGCUACCAUCUCUUCAAAUGGGAGGAAGUUUGAGGGGGGGCAAAUGGAAGAGAAAGUGUGAAGCCUCCCCAAAACUCAUGAAUCUUUGGGAGCUUCAGGGAAGGUCAAUGCACUGGGCUGUCAGAAGUAAAAAAGAGCCAAUGCUGGAAGCACCUGAGCUAAAUCAUAGCAACGACAUAACUAAUGACACUUGGGCCCAACAGACUGAAAACAAUAAAGAAGGAUUGUCUGAUAAGAGAAGGGAGCAAGACGCUGCUGAGACUUCUGAUGAGAAACCACAAUCAGCAAAGAGUCCAGACUCUCCAAGAUUUUUAGAUGCAAAUUGCUCGCACUUGCGUUUCCGCUGGUCAGGUGAUGCCCCUUCAGAGCUUCUGAGGAAGUUCAGAAACUAUGAAAUAUAAAGUAUGAACCCAAGAUACAUAAGAGCAUGGAAUCAUCUGCUCGACAGUGCAGUAUUUUUUGUCCAUGGUUAAAACUUGUUUGUAUCUUGUGCCUGUUCACCAUUAUUUGAAUGUUCAAUUAUGUGACUUUGUAAUACUGAUCUGUUAUCACACUUUGUAUAAGUAUUUUAGGUGGAAGAAUUUUUGAGCGGGUGAGGCACUAUCUUUAUUCAGUAUUAGCAUAAGUAACAAUUAUGUGCAUAAGGUGGUCCAGUGUUUUAUAUCGGUUUCCUGUGUUCUUCUUUAGUAUACAAUCAGAAGGCUUUUCUGUCCAUAUUAAACUGUAGAAUGUAUUGUGUAUAUAUACUUCUUGCAGGAUGAAGAACUCAUGGUAUUAAAAAAUAAUCUCCCAAACCUGAA